AUGUUGGGCUGGGUCCAGAAGGUGCUGCCUCAGCCUCCAGCGACCCCUCAGAAGACCAAGAUGGAGCGGGAGGAGCGGGCAGAACCAGAGCCCCAGCUGGAGCUGGAGACGGGGCGAGAACCAGAGCGGGAGCCGGAAGCAGCCCCUGAGGAGGCCGAGCUAGGGGACGAGUCCCUGCCACCUGAGGAGCCAUUCAAGGGGCAGGAAGUGGCUGCAGCUGGCCCCUCGCUGCAGGAAACCCAGGAGGCUGCCCCUACUCUGCCCACAUCCCUCCAGGCCCAGGUCGCUGUGGUUCCUGAAGCAAACAGUCCCAGCGGCCAGGUGCUGACCUGGCUCAGGAAGGGCAUGGAGAAGGUCGUCCCGCAGCCGGUCUACAGUGGCAGGCCAGCCCAGAACACUGCUGCUGGACUGGAGGGCCCGGCUCAGGCAGGAGCACAGAUCCUUGGGCACUGCAGCGCUGGGGGCCCAGAUGGACCCGACGAGGCGCCCAGGUCCCAGGACAGCAGGCCCAGGCCCUGGCUGCUCAGGUGGUUCGCACAGAAUCUGGACAGAGUACUGCCUCAGCCCCCAAAAACAUCUGAGGACCGGAGAGAUGAGCCGGCUGAUGCCACCUCGGGCCCAGCGCCCCCAGAACCCCCCCUGGAAACGGAGCCCGUGCUUCAGGCCCCGGAGAGCCCCUCCCUGCCCACCCCCAGCGCCCCGGAGCCCGAGGAGGAGCCGACCCCAGAUCCCGGCCUCCAGGCCUCCCUGCCGACCCCCGGGGACUCUGCCAGGUUGAUGACGUGGCUUCUGCACAGGCUGGAGAUGGCCCUGCCCCAGCCAGUGCUCCAUGGGAAGGCUGGGGAGCAGGAGCCUGAGUCCCCCGUGACGUGUGACGUGCAGACCAUCAGCAUCCUCCCCAGAGGGCGAGAGGAGCCCGAUCUCAUCCUAGAAGAGGUUGACCCUCAGUGGGAGGAGGACGAUGAGCGUCAGGACGGCAGCCCCAGCCCACAAAGCUCAGAGGCGGCUCCAGCUUAUGAAGAGGAGAUCGAGACCGUGGAGGAGAUGCCCAGGGAGCUUCCCCGAAUUCAAGAGGAGAAAGAAGACGAGGAAGAGGAUGGAGAGGAGGAGGAAGAGGAAGAGGAGGAGGAGGAUCUCGAUGUCCUGCUGGAUAGCUGUCUGGUGGCACAGGGUGGCGAGGACCUAAGCCAAGCAGGUGGGAGCGAGCACCAGACGGCCUCACCCCAGGAGUUGCAGGAAGAGGCGGUGGCCACUGGCUCAGGAGUGCCCGGCACAGAGGAGCACCCGGAAGUGCAGGUGGAAGACGCCGAUGCUGACAGCCAGCCCCUCAUCAUGGAGGAGAUCCCACCCUCCCCUGAGCUGCCACCACCUUCUCCUGCCAAAUCCGACACCCUCACGGUCCCAGGCUCAGCCGCAGGCAACCACAGGAAGGUGCUGCCCUCCCAAGAUGAUGAGGCUGAAGAGCUCAAGGUGCUGUCACCAGCUGAGUCCCCCGUGGUUGCCUGGUCAGACCCUGCCACCCCGCAGGGCACUGAUGACCAGGACCGCGCGGCCUCCACGGCCAGCCAGAACAGCGCCAUCAUCAACGACCGGCUGCAGGAGCUGGUGAAGCUUUUCAAGGAGCGGACAGAGAAGGUGAAGGAGAAGCUCAUCGACCCUGACGUCACCUCCGAUGAGGAGAGCCCCAAGCCCUCCCCAGCCAAGAAAGCCCCAGAGCCGGCCCCAGAAGCGAAGCCGGCAGAGGCGGGGCCGGCGGAGGAGGAGCAUUACUGUGACAUGCUCUGCUGCAAGUUCAAACGCCGCCCCUGGAAGAAGUACCAGUUUCCCCAGAGCAUCGACCCGCUGACCAACCUGAUAUACAUCCUGUGGCUGUUCCUCGUGGUGCUGGCCUGGAACUGGAACUGCUGGCUGAUUCCCGUGCGCUGGGCCUUCCCCUACCAGACGCCAGACAACAUCCACCUCUGGCUGCUGAUGGAUUACCUGUGCGACCUCAUCUACUUCCUGGACAUCACCGUGUUCCAGAUGCGCCUGCAGUUUGUCAGAGGAGGGGACAUCAUUACGGACAAAAAGGAGAUGCGCGACAACUACCUGAAAUCCCGCCGCUUUAAGAUGGACGUGCUCUGCCUCCUGCCCUUGGACUUUCUCUACUUGAAAUUCGGGGUGAAUCCCCUCCUGCGCUUGCCCCGCUGCUUGAAGUACAUGGCCUUCUUCGAGUUUAACAACCGCCUGGAAGCUAUCCUCAGCAAAGCCUACGUUUACAGGGUUAUCAGGACCACGGCCUACCUGCUCUACAGUCUACACUUGAACUCGUGCCUGUAUUACUGGGCAUCCGCCUAUCAGGGCAUCGGCUCCACGCACUGGGUUUACGAUGGCGUGGGAAACAGUUACAUUCGCUGUUACUACUGGGCUGUGAAGACUCUCAUCACCAUCGGCGGGCUCCCCGACCCCAAGACGCUCUUUGAAAUCGUCUUCCAGCUGCUGAACUAUUUCACGGGCGUCUUCGCUUUCUCCGUGAUGAUCGGACAGAUGAGAGACGUGGUGGGGGCCGCCACCGCGGGGCAGACCUACUACCGCAGCUGCAUGGACAGCACGGUGAAGUACAUGAACUUCUACAAGAUCCCCAGGUCCGUGCAGAACCGGGUCAAGACCUGGUACGAGUACACCUGGCACUCCCAAGGCAUGCUGGACGAGUCAGAGCUGAUGGUGCAGCUUCCAGACAAGAUGCGGCUGGACCUCGCCAUUGACGUGAACUACGACAUCGUCAGCAAGGUGGCGCUCUUCCAGGGCUGUGACCGACAGAUGAUCUUUGACAUGCUGAAGAGGCUUCGAUCUGUCGUCUACCUGCCGAACGACUACGUGUGCAAGAAGGGCGAGAUAGGCCGCGAGAUGUACAUCAUCCAGGCGGGGCAGGUGCAGGUCUUGGGGGGCCCGGACGGGAAGUCUGUGCUGGUGACGCUGAGAGCUGGAUCUGUGUUUGGAGAAAUAAGCUUGCUGGCUGUCGGGGGCGGGAAUCGGCGCACAGCCAACGUGGUGGCCCACGGGUUCACCAACCUCUUCAUUCUGGACAAGAAGGACCUGAAUGAGAUCUUGGUGCAUUACCCCGAGUCUCAGAAGUUGCUCCGGAAGAAAGCCAGGCGCAUGCUGAGGAAUAACAACAAGCCCAAGGAGCAGAAGAGCGUGCUCAUCCUCCCUCCCCGGGCGGGCACCCCCAAGCUGUUCACUGCCGCCCUGGCUGCAGCGGGGAAGCUGGGCGCCAAGGGGGCUAAAGGCGGCAAGCUGGCCCACCUCCGGGCUCGACUCAAAGAGCUGGCUGCGCUGGAGGCUGCUGCGAGACAGCAGCAGCUGCUGGAGCAGGCCAAGAGCUCGGGAGACGCCGCGGGAGAGGCGGGCUCGGCCGCCCAGCCCGCCGCCCCGGAGCCCGCGGCCCCCGACCAGCCCGCCGCCCCGGAGCCCUCGGCCCCGGAGCCCGCGGCCCCGCGCUCUCCGCCGCCCGCCUCCCCUGCGAGGCCCGAGGGGGGCGAGGAGGGGGCGGCCGGGCCCGAGGAGCCCUCGGUGCGGAUCCGCAUGAGCCCGGGCCCGGACCCCGGCGAGCAGAGCCUGUCGGUGGAGAUGCCCGAGAAGAAGGAGGCGGAAUGAGGCGGCGGCUCCCGCAGGGAUUUGGCUCCCACAUUUGAAGGAUAGAAAACAUUUCGGCGGAAAGGAGGGCAGAUGUGCUGUUCGUGUGACUGCCUGGAGCUGACGGCGCACCGGACCCAUGUGUGAUGCUGUUUUUUCUUUGCGGGGCGGUCACAUAGGCGACGUGAUGCUGCUCAGAUAGUUAGUGCUUAUCUUCCCCAGACUAUUCAGCUGGGAGUGAUGCCAUUGUCUCAGAACAGAUAAAUGGAAGUGGGCUCCGUGGCCAGGAGCCGGGAGCGUUUCUGAGCAUCUCCUCAGCCCGUCACCCAGUUCUGCUCAGCAGGAAUUCAUCUGUUACUCCCUUUUGACACUCUUGCUAUAGAGAUGAUGUAGCAACUUCGAUUAAUCCUAGAAUCACAGCUGACACCACUGAAGUUCCCGAGAUUUCUGCAGAUCUUCAUGUUACUUUUAUGAUUAAAAAAAGAAAAAAGGAAAAAGAGUCAUUCAGUCCAUGAAUAUUUAUUGAGAGGAUUUUAUUUGCCCACUGAAUGGCUCUUGGGGGAGCUGGCGCUGAAAAACAAAAACUAGUAUUGGGCCAUUUGUUUCCGCCAGCAACCGUGAGCACAAAAGGCCUGGAAUUCCAAUAGGUACUGUCCAUUUUAUAUAAAAUUACAGGAACCUGGUCAACCUCUGACGGGCCCUUGGGGGCUUGCAAAUGAGUGUUUUUAUCCAUGGAACUAAAAGCAGAACCUUCAUUUCCCCUGUGAAAAAAUUAAACAAUCUGGGAGUUCCCAGGCGGGUCUAAGCAUUUCCAAACCCCAGAGUAACAAAGGGAUUCAUCUGGUCGAUGACAUAUCACGUGACCUGAGUAAUCAUCACACUGGAUAUGAUGAUGAGCAACAUCAUUAUUUUAGCCUUGUAAAAAACUUUUAUUGAUUUUCAUGGGUAAUAACACAUUUACGUGUGUACAGAAGGAUGCCCAGUAAAAAUUCUACCUCCUGCCCCUGGUCCCCAACAUGCCUGGUGCCCUUCCUGGAAGCAGUCACCAUUAUCAGUUUCUUGUGUAUCCUUCAGAGAUAUUUUUUUUAAAGAUUUUUUAAUUUUAUUUUAUUCCUUUUUCUCCCCAAAGCCCCCCGGUACAUAGUUGUAUAUU